GGACUGUGUGGCCCAGGCUUGGAGGAGGACGUCCAGGCAGAAGCAGGGACGAACAAAAGCGGGGGGGACAUCGUCUUAGCUCUGCUUUGAGCUCAGUUAUGCCCACGCUUUCAGUGUUCACGGACGUGCCCCUCGCCCACAAGCUGGAAGGCAGCUUGUUAAAGACGUACAGACAAGACGAUUGCCCUAACAAGUUGUUCCUGGCCUAUAGAGCGUGCAUGACCAAGGAAGGCCGCCCCUGGGUUUCCGUCGUGGUGCAGAAGACCCGGCUGCAGAUCUCACAGGAUCCCUCCUUGAACUACGAGUACCUGCCCACGAUGGGCAUGAAGUCGUUCAUCCAGGCCUCUUUGGAACUGCUCUUUGGAAAGCACAGCCAAGCCAUUAUGGAGAACAGGGUAGGGGGUGUGCACACUGUUGGUGACAGUGGCGCCUUCCAGCUUGGGGCUCGGUUCCUCAGGACUUGGCGCAGGGAUGCUAAUGUGGUUUACGUCAUCUCUUCUCAGCAAGAGCCGCACGGACGCAUCUUCCAGGACAUGGGCUUUACGGUUCAUGAAUGCUCCAUCUGGGACCCCAAGAAGCUGCGCAUGGACCCCAACAUACUCUUCAGUGUGGCGAAGGAGAUCCCACGCGGCUGCGUCCUUGUGAUUGGGAACAUCGUCGACUGCAGGUUGACGCAAAGUCAGUGGGCAAAGUUCAUGUCCACCCUGAAGAGCAAGCGGAUAUUCCCAUUUUUUGACAUUCCCUGUCAAGGUUUACACAACGGCGACUUGGAAGAAGACGCUAGAAUCUUGCGCUACUUCGUGUCCGGAGGUUUUGAGUUCUUCUGCAGCCAGUCCCUGUCCAGGAGUUUUGGCAUUUAUGAUGAAGGAGUGGGCGUCCUAGUGGUGGUGGCACUCAACAACCAGCACCUGCUGUGCGUCCUCUCCCAGCUGAUGAGUUUCGCCCGGGCCCUGUGGCUAAAUCCUCCCACCGCGGGUGCCCGCAUCAUCACCUCCAUCCUCUGCAACCCUGCUCUGCUGGGAGAAUGGAAGCAGAGUCUAAAAGAAGUUGUCGAGAACAUCAUGCUCACCAAGGAGAAGGUGAAGGAGAAGCUCCGGCUCCUGGGAACCCCUGGCUCCUGGGAUCACAUCACCGAGCACAGCGGCACCCAUGGCUACCUUGGACUCAACCCCCAACAGGUGGAAUACCUGGUCAAGAAGAAGCAUAUCUACAUCCCCAAGAAUGGCCGGAUUAACUUCACCUGUAUCAAUGCCAACAACAUAGAUUAUAUCACCCAGGGCAUCAGUGAAGCUGUCUUCCUCACGAGGGGUCGGGAGAACAGUCUUCCGAAAGAAAAAAAACCCUGAUUGGAAUAAAAGUUUUAGUCUUUG